GAAUUUUGUCCGCACCGUCUAUGACUGAAGGAAGGAUGGGACGAGAAAUCUGUUCUUCUGUGUCCCUAAAGGCGUGAAUGUGUCAACGAGUCUUCAACUCUUCCUAAACCACAGAAAAAAAUUACAAAAUCCAACCGUAAUCAUUUAACCCCAAAAGCAGGAAGAAAAAAUGGGAAAAGAAAAGAAAAUUUCCGUAAGAUCCCGCAGGCGCAGCAGCCAAAACAACAGAUAACGGUACUGCCCAGCCUCAACCUUCUCAACGUCUUCAGCUUGUCCAACUGAGCUCCGUUUCGUCACCCGACCCGCCCCGACCUCAUCAGGUACAUAAGCAAAUCAUUGUUAUUAACAUGCUUCCCUGUCAUAUGUUUGACAAUUUUACGGAGAACAAGGAGGAUCUUUUUUUCUCCUGGUGAAAAUUCAUGUGGGAAUUUUGAAGCUUCCUUAUGUGUUUUGUGUGUUGGUGAGAAUUUAGGUGUAACUUGUGGGAUACAAAAGGAAGAAGUUUGUUGGGGAGCUGUAAAGUAUGUAUAGGCCUGGGGCUGCAACCCCAAAUCGUGGUGGACUGCCUAUGGAUAGUGGAGAUUCUGUGGUGACAUUGGAUCAAGUUCCCCGUUGGAGUGAUGGGGAGUAUAGAUAUGCAUAUGAGAAUGAAGAUGGGCCUUUUCCAAAUUCUUAUUUUGCUGACCCUUUGACAUCUGCAUCUGAGGCUGGGAGUAGUGGAAAUGGAAUGGUUUCUAGGUUUCCUGUCGAUCAUGAAAUUAACUCAAAGAUAUAUUUGUGGAGAGGGAAUCCUUGGAAUCUUGAGGUGGAUGCAGUUGUAAACUCGACUAACGAGAACUUGGAUGAAGCACAUAGCAGCCCAGGGUUGCAUGCUGCAGCUGGACCUGGUCUUGCAGAAGAAUGUGCAACUUUGGGUGGCUGUCGAACAGGAAUGGCAAAAGUUACCAAUGCAUACGAUCUUCCUGCAAGGAGGAUUAUACAUACUGUUGGUCCCAAGUAUGCAGUAAAGUAUCACACUGCUGCAGAGAAUGCGCUGAGUCACUGCUACAGGUCUUGUCUUGAACUUCUCAUUGAAAAUGGACUGCAAAGUAUUGCUGUGGGCUGUAUAUAUACAGAAGCCAAAAAUUAUCCACGAGAACCAGCUGCACAUGUUGCAAUAAGAACUGUGAGACGGUUUCUUGAGAAGCAGAAAGAUAAAAUCAACGCCGUUGUAUUCUGUACAGCUACAUCAACUGAUACUGAGAUAUAUAAAAGAUUGCUUCCACUUUAUUUUCCACGUGACAAACAGGAAGAGGAGAUAGCUAUUUCAAAACUACCUGCAGAUGUUGGCGAUGAAAAUGGUGAGACAGUUAUAGAUGAGCGAAAAAUCAGAAUAAAGUCUCUGCCCAAUGUGAAGAAGAGUAUUCCAAAACCUCCACAACCUUCCAAUGAUCUCCCUGUCAGUGAUCUUGGGUUGACAAGGAGGAGUUCUUCAUAUUUGGAUUCAUACUUGGAUCCUGCCUUUAUGUCGUUGAUAAAGGACCCAGACCAGCGACGUAAAGAACAGUGGGAAAAAACUGCUCAAGCUCAGAGUGGUUGGAACUGUUGUAAAAUGCUUGGAUAUGGUGACCUCGGGGGACCUCCUUUAUCUGCUGCAGAAGAAUAUUCUCUCCAUUCCCGAUACCUUGCAAAAGCAAAUUCUCUCAAUCUUUCUGAAAUUGCAGAAAUGAAAAUUGUCUAUCGAGGUGGGGUUGAUAGUGAGGGUAGACCAGUUAUGGUCAUUGUGGGUGCACAUUUCCUUUUACGCUGUCUUGAUCUAGAGCGUUUUAUACUUUAUGUGGUUAAGGAGUUUGAGCCCUUGAUACAGAAGCCUUACUCCAUUGUUUACUUCCAUUCUGCUGCAUCUUUACAAGCGCAACCAGACCUGGGAUGGAUGAGAAGACUACAGCAAAUACUUGGUCGAAAACACCAGCGUAAUCUUCAUGCUAUAUAUGUCCUACACCCCACCUUUGGCUUGAAAGCAGCUAUUUUCGCAAUGCAAUUAUUUGUUGAUAAUGUGGUGUGGAAAAAGGUGGUAUAUGUAGAUCGGCUUCUUCAGCUAUUUAGAUAUGUCCCCCGAGAGCAGCUUACAAUUCCGGAUUUUGUGUUCCAGCACGAUCUAGAAGUGAAUGGUGGGAAGGGCGUCAUUGUCGAUCCACGCACCAAAUAUGUAUAUCAGCGUCCAUGAGCAUUGUACUUGCACACUUCCGUCAUAUACAGUUUUUGAUCAAGUGUCCAGAAAGUCUGUGAAUCUGUAUUCUUUUUCAUUUUUUCAGAUUUUGAGUGUACCUUUUUUUUUUUUGUUUCAAAUUCACUUCUUGUCCCAUAUCCAUGUAUUUAUCCUUUUUGAGAAAAUUGAGAGUUCUUUGUGUAUGCAAACACUGACAAUUUUUCUUGUCGUGUUGUAAUUUGAUAUUCUGUGGAUACCACAUUUGUAAAAACGCUCAAUUUGCCCCCUUGGAAGUUUGCCUUUCAUCC